AUGUAGAUGUAGAUCUAGAUCUAGAGAGUUCUGCUCUGAAAUAGAGUGAAACAUGUCCUGACUGAACUGAAUUCACACUGCCUUUGCUACGUUUAAUAAGAUCAAAGUUUGGAAGGCAGUCAAAUAUCUUUCGACAAAAAUGGCAGGACGGUGGAGUAGCGAGCAUUUCGUUGCCGAGUUCAGAGAUUUGCAGGCCAGUGCUAUGGCUGUGGAUUGUUUGGGCAACUGGGUGCUGUUGGCUGGCCGCAAGAACUUGGCAUUUGUUGAUCUGAGUAGACCAAGUCAGACUGUGGUGAAAGUCACUCGCCAAAGCAAAUGGGACAUCGGCUGUGUCCAGUGGAAUGGACAACCUUCUCACUCGCACAGAUUUGUCACUGCUUGCAAUCAGCGUUUAGAUGUGUUUGACUACCGAGAUGCUUCAGCUUCACACUUGUGCUCUAUGAAAGCUCAUUCUCGGACUGUCAGUGAUGUGGACUGGUCCCCAUUUGAUGUGAAUAUUGUUGCAUCCUGCUCAGUUGAUACUUUCACAUAUUUCUGGGACAUCAGGGACUCGAAAAAGCCUGUGAAGUCUUUCCAAACUGUUUCCGGUGCCUACCAAGUCAAGUGGAAUAAAGUGACUAACAAUUUGUUUGCCACCACACAUGACGGAGAUGUGAGGAUAUGGGACCCAAGGAAAGGGAACUCUCCGAUCCAGUAUAUAUCUGCUCAUCCUUCGAAAAUCCACGGGUUGGACUGGUGUCACAAGGACCAGUAUAAACUAGUCACAGCAAGCCAAGACUGUACUAUUCGGUUUUGGGAUUACAAUACUCCACGGAGAAGUGAGACCAUGAUCAACUCAGGGAAUCCCGUGUGGCGGGCGAGGUACACACCAUUUGGAGACGGUGUGAUGAGUGUGGUGGUCCCACAGCUGAGACGUGGUGAGAACAGCCUCUCUCUCUGGCAUCAGAGCAACAAUCAGAAACCGGUACAUAUUUUUGUGGGACACAAGGAUGUCAUUCUGGAUUUUCAAUGGCGGCGGAAACAACACGAUAGCGCUCGGGAUCAACAGUUAGUCACUUGGUCAAAAGACCAGACUUUGCGGUUAUGGAAUGUGGACACAGCCAUGCAAAAGUUGUGUGGCCACGAGGUCGGGGAGGUGAUGGACGAGGUGCAGGACGACGACCUCCUGCCCAUGUCUGCCACGGCGCGGGCCAUGGACUCCAUGAGCACCCAGAUAGACCGGGACAACAAGCCGGUCACCUCCAGCAGCAGCAACUUGCUGCGGCCGGCAGACAGUGUGUCCAGCAACAGUUCUGCCAUGACGGGCUCGAGUUCUACUGUGUUCGUGCCCCUGGAGCGGGAGAUAGAGAACUUGUCAGGGGGGUUUCCAGGAGUUCACUUAAAACGGGUGGAUUUCGCCAAGAGGAAAUGUUCUUUCAAACUUGAGCGAUCUGUCAGCUUCAUGGACAUAGAGCUGUUCUUUCCUGCCAACUACCCAAUGAAAAUAUGCCCUGCCUUGACAAUUAUACAGUCCAAUUUAGAUAAAGAAACACAAGCCAGGGUUGUGAAGACAUUUGGUGAUGUAUCCACGAAACUUGUGAACCAGCUUAUGAACUGUGUGGAGACGAGUCUCCGGCAGAUCCUGCCAAUCAUGGAGAAGUCGAGACCAUACUCUUCUCCUCAAGAUGGACAGUCUCGAGAAGAUCGUAAAACAAUGCUUGAGAACAAGUAUCAUGUGGAAAAGGUGAAAUCUCCAUCCAGCCCCAUCUCACCAAGCAGUGCAGCACCCAUGUACCCUACAGGAAGCUUCCAAGACUCCAGUGUACCCUUCCCUCGCACUUCAGGCGCUCGCUUUUGUUCAAAUGAUCGCCUUGUUGUGUUUUCUGUGCCUGCUUUUCUGAAGAAGGUCCAUGAAGACAUGGAAGUCACUCCGAGAGCCCUGUCUGACCUGGUGACCUGCACCCAGUCUCAGUGGAUAAGGUCUCAGCCAAGUUUUUCCCUCUCCAUGUUGUAUGGGAGCCCUCCACCCACUGUGCCAGCUGCUAGCAUCAGCGAUUUCUUCACAGAAAAGCAUGCCAAGAGUAAAAAUCGACAGAGCCACUUGCACCACCACCACAAAUCUCAGGGGCGGUCACGGGACGCGGGGGAACCUCGCCCACACAAGGAAAAGGAUGCGGAGAGACAAAGCAAGAAACUGCAGAAAGUUGGUGCCAUCAACAUAUAUGACAUCUCAAGCAUCAACCCGCUGUCCAAGUAUCUGGCAGAAAACUACAAGCUAGAUUUGCAGGAUAUUCCUGGCACUUGUGAUCACAAUGCUGCAGUGGCCAUGAAAAUUGGACGAAAGGACUUGGUUCAGCUGUGGAAACUGAUUCAUCAGAUGUCGCAUCCAGUGCUACGACCUUCACCUAACGUAGAGCUGGGACCUCCAUGGGCGUACCACCCGUUUGGUCGGGGCAUGGUGGAAAAAUUCUUGUCCCAUUAUGGUCAAGUACGAGAUGUACAGACUAUGGCUAUGAUCUGCUGCAUGUUCUGGGAUAAAGACCCACCUAUGAUGGACUUGGUGGCUUCCGGAAUCUCCAGGCAGGAGUCUCGCCUCUCUUUUGAGUAUGCAGCAGCCAAUAGAAAGUCUCGUGCAGUGCAGCAGUACAACCCUUACCACACAGUCUCUUCGGUCACCAACUUGCUCAAGGGGUGGACAUCUAUUGCUGAGCCCAUCUCCUCGGCUGCUCCUACUCCUCCUCGCCCCCUCCACAUGGUCUCUCCAGCCCCCCUAUCUCCACAACAAGUGUUGCCACCUCCUACGCUCCCACCUCCCCCUCCCAUGACAUCAUCAUCAUCAUCAUGUUCAGCCUCGGCCGGCUUGGCCAAAAGUAAAGGCCGUAUGGGAGAGGUGGCCUCACAGCCUAACCUGGCCGCUUUGUUCCGUGCAGGCCGUGCCAAGGCAGGCAAAUACACAGCUGUGAUGAAAAGCAAACGAUCUCUGAGCUGGUCUAACUCGUAUGAUGACAUCAAGAUUCUUGAAGAAAAGGAUCCCAGGGAAAGAGAGGUGGAGAAGGAAAGAAUUUUACACCACAAUAACAGCAAAAUGUUGAACCCAGAACUGAAGUUUCAACAUGAGCAGAUCAAGAAGGCCUAUGCAGAUGUGCUGUACAAGUGGAAUCUUCUCAACAAGAGGAUACAGAUUCUGAAACACACAGACAGCACCGGGGCACCAUCAAGAGGCAUAGAGUUUGUCGUCUCCUGCCACAAUUGUAACGAAGAUGUUCAGGGUCCCCAGUGCACGCGGUGCAAAUACCCCGCUCUGCGCUGUUCUAUCUGCCACAUUGGUGUGAGAGGUGCUGCCAACUUUUGCCUUGCCUGUGGCCAUGGGGGUCACAUGCAUCACAUGAUGGACUGGUUCAGCUCUCAGACUGUGUGUCCCACUGGCUGUGGAUGCAACUGCCUACAGGAGAACUUAGUGCCUGAUGGGGAGCAAGAGAUCCCAUCAUGACAGGAAAAAAACUGUUCUGAGUAGAGGGAGAUGUGAAUAUAUGAUAUUGUUUUUGGAUGUACAUGUAUGCUGUGUGUGUACAAUAUUGUGGCCUGUUCAUACAUGCUGUUCAAAUUUUGCAUGGUUCAAAAGUUACAGAUACGGAAUGCAUGUUUGAGAGUGCAAUAUUGAGUAUGUUAAAGAAUGUAACGAUGUGUGCUUGGAUGUGUAUCCUCAAAGUUGUGGCAUGUUCUGGUCAUAUUCAAAAUGUGCAAGUUGGGGAUGUCUCUGCUUUAAAAUUCAGUUGAUGUUGAGUGUUCCUGAGGGCUAUUUUGAGUAGGAUAUAGUGAUAGUGACUGUGUGUAUGAUUGUGUGUGAACCUCAACGUCCUGCUUUGGGACAGGACUGGCGUGACAAAAGUGCACUUAUUAAGUGAGAGUCUGCUAGAGGAGCAAAGAAAAAGCCAAAUAUUUAUUGCCAGUACACCAAAAGUAUACGUCGGUAUUUCGGACAAAAUUUUCCAUUGCAAGAUUAUUUUGAUAUGCUCAUGGUUGUCAGAUCUUGCUCUCAAUGGUAGUACAGUAAAUGUUUGACAUGUUGAAUUGAAGAAUUUGGUGGGGGGGGGGGGGGGGGGGGAAACCGUUUUCUUCUUGUGUGUGAUGUCAACUGCAUUUGUUUUUUCUUUUCUUUACAAAGUUUUUGAAAUCCUACCACAUCUUGGUGACAUUCUGGGUAUUGUAUACUGUGGAAAGGGCUGGCCCCAGAAGUAAUUGCCCAGUAUAAAUACAUUUUUUUUGGGGGGGGGGGUGGGGGGGCUUGUCGGUUAUACUAAGUUAGUAUCGUUUUGCAGUGUUUUCUAUGACCAUGUGAAUGGCCUCAUCAGCUGAGAUAAUUUUAAAAUUAAAAAAAAAAAAAAUUUUUUUUUUUAGAUAGUGAACAGCACUGAGUCUUUCUUGUUUUUAUUUUAGGAGGAGUACUUUGGACUGGCAAUGUUUCAAAUGAAAGCACACAGUUCUGAGUAAUAAUUCUGUCGCUUAACAAGACUCGGUAAAAUAUUGAAAACUAGUACUUCUCAGGCUCUCACAUUUGUCAAACCAAGAUUAAAUUUUUAAUUCAGUGGAUUCGUUCUGAAAAUAUAAGACAAAAUUUGAAUGGUGUUGCUUUAACAAAGGUAUUUUUUGUGGCAUCGUUUAUAGGUUGGUGCUGUGCUUCUGUUUAAUGUAUCAUUGUUAUUGUUACCAAGAGCAGAUAAUCUCCGCAAGACAAAUGUUGACUCGCCUUUGGCUAGGAGAUCACGUCCCCAUUUUUUUCUUUGUGUAUCGGGACUUGCCCAUACCCUUGAUUACAGUGCUUGUGUGAUAUUCACUCAUGUCGAACCAAUAAACAGUUGUCAGAAAAGUAA